AACACGCACAUAAACCCACGUGACUGUUGAGACUGCAGACGGAAGGUCAGCGGUUUUAAAAUGCACUUGUUACUGUAGAGUUGAUUUUAUUAAGUUAUGUUUUACUAAAGGUAAUAAAUGAUGAACAGUGUGAUUAAUCUAAGAGCUCUGAGGCGGGGCUGUGUGCUCUGCCUCGGUCUGCCCCCCCGGAUCAGCUCCCAGCCGGCGCGGAGCUGCAGCUCUGCUGACCGGGCUGCACUCCCCCUGCGCCGGCUUCACCCUGCGGCUCAGCCCCGCGGUCUGUCCUCCAGAGCCGGAGGAACCAUGAACGUGUUCGACAGAAACAUGAAGAAAAGGCAGAAGAGCUGGGCCUCCGCCCUGCAGGACAACCACAAGUACGACUAUCUCAGAGAUGAGGUUGGAAUCAGAGUUGCGGACAGGGUUUACGACAUUGCGAGGACCUUCCCGUUAGCGCUGGACGUUGGCUGUGGAAAAAGCCACAUUGCCGAGCACCUGAGCAAGGAAGUUGUGGAGCGCUUUUUCCUCACAGACAUUUCGGAGGGUUUGCUGAGGCAGACGAAACCCUGUGAGAUGCCCACUCACUGCGUGCUGGCGGACGAGGAGUUCCUGCCGUUUCAGGAGAACACCUUUGAUCUGGUGGUCAGCAGCCUGAGCAUGCACUGGAUCAAUGAUCUUCCUGGAGCUUUGAGACAGAUAAACGGUGUGCUGAAGCCGGACGGGGUGUUUAUCGGGGCGAUGGUUGGUGGUGAGACGCUGUAUGAGCUGCGCUGUUCUCUGCAGUUGGCUGAGCUGGAGAGGGAGGGGGGCUUCUCCCCCCACAUCUCCCCCUAUACCGCCGUCACCGACCUGGGCAACCUGCUCAGCCAGGCCGGCUUCAACAUGCUCACCGUGGAUGUUGAUGAGAUCCAGGUUAAUUACCCAGGGAUGCUCGAAGUCAUGUCAGAUUUACAAGGUAUGGGAGAGAGUAACUGUGCGUGGAACAGGAGAUCCCUCCUGCACAGAGACACCAUGCUAGCAGCAGCUGCUAUUUAUAAAGAGAUGUACGGUAAUGAGGAUGGGUCCGUCCCGGCGACGUUUGAGAUCCUGUACAUGAUUGGAUGGAAGCCUCAUGAGUCACAGGCCAAACCGGCUAAAAGGGGCUCGGCCACGGUGUCCUUCGGAGAUCUGUCAAAGAUCAACCAAUCAGUGUCCAGCACCAAAACAGACAAACCCUGAACACACUGCACUCAUCUGUCUGAUCCGGGAACUCAGGGACUGUGUUUUAUUAGCAGUGUGGCUUUAGUGAACUGUAUAUAACUGUCUAUACUGUCUGUACAAAAUGUUACAUAACUGUAAUUUUAUAAAACUUAGAAUAAUAAUAAAAAAAAACUC